AUGGAUCGCUCAUCAUGUUUUGAUAGAUUUAUAUGGUCUAAUAUUGAAGAAGUCAAAACAAAUUCUCAGAUGGCAUCUAAUUUAACCUCAAAUAUUGGAGAAAUUCGCCCUGCGAGAAAUCAAUCUUGUUUACCGCCUCCACCGGAUUAUUAUGGUCCGCGACCGCUUGAUAUCUCUAUACCUAAAUUAUUAAAACUCGAUAACUGCUUCAAUGCCAAUAAAAAUUCAAAUUUGAAUUAUCAAAUCGUCCAAACGGCAAAUAACAGUGCUUCAUCUAGUGACUUAAUAUAUGUAAAUAAAAUGCCUUAUAAAAAAUUCUUAAGUAAUUGGUCGGUGACCGUCGUGGGAAUAAAAUUGAAGAAUAACAAUACAAAAUUCACUGUCGAAUUACAAGGAACUUGGUUAUCAAAAGAAAGUCGCAGAACAAUAAAAGAAAAUUACUAUGCUGGUUUUUUAGAUUUUGUAGUAUCAAAAAAUCUUAUUAAAACUACUCAUGGAUUAUACGAGCUAAUUGGGCCAAUCGCUAACGCAUCUACAGAUAAUUUGUAUCGUGCAUGUUUGGAAAAUAAUGGUCUUCCAAAGACUUGGAAAUAUAUUUUAACACAAUUUCCUAGUAAAAUUAAUAAUUUCAAUAAAAAAUUGGCAAUAAGAAGAAAAUAUGCAACCAACUGUUUAGUGCAAGAAACAAUGAUGAACAGUUAUAAGUUUGGCGAAAAAUUACUGCGAGUAACAAAUCCAAAGGUUCGUGUCAAUCGUGCAAUUAAAAAAAAAGAAGUUCCAUUAUUGCGUAGGUUGUUUGAAAAAAAGUUGGUUGGCUCAUUGGAAGUUGUGGAUUUCGGUAUCACAAAGGUACAGAAAAAAAUACCUGCACUUGAGAAAAGACUCAAUGAUUGUUGAAAAAAGAAAAAGCAAAAGUAAAUGUAAAUAUCACCUGCAUACACAUUUUAAUUUGA